AUGGCAAGUUUAAGAAGUAGAGGAGAAAUUAUCUUAGCAACUGCAUCAUCUGGUAUAGCUGUAACAUUGUUACUCGGUGGUAGGACUGCACACUCUCGAUUUAAGAUACCUAUUGAUAUUCAAUCGAAUUCCGUUUAUGGUAUUCAAAAGCAAAAAUAUAUUGCAAAUCUCAUUAGAGUUGUUGCCGCAAUAAUUUGGGAUGAAGCACCAAUGACAAACAAAAAUUUUUUGGAAGCCUUAGAUCGAUCAUUACAAGACAUUUGUAGCAACAUCGCUCCAUUUGGUGGAAAAGUUUGGAUCAUGGGGGGAGAUUUUCGUCAAGUUCUUCCUGUUGUAAGAAAAGAGUUUGCAGAAUUUCUUAUUCGCAUUGGUUAUGGUGUUGAACCUACCAAACCAGAUGACAUGGUGAGGUUACCUUUACAUAUUGCAAUCCCAUGGGAAGGUGAACAUUCUAUACAAUUUCCAGAAGAAGAACAUAAUUUGUUGUCGUUUGACGAGGUUGAAGGAGAUAAUCAUAAUUUAUACCAGCAAGAAUUCUUAAACUCAAUCGCACAAGCUAAACUAGAACACAGUGAAAUCUUUCAAUUAUGUAAGGAGUUGAGACGAAAGAAUGUUGAAACUUGCUUCGACAUAAAAAUAACAGACUUUGAAGAUAAAUGGAACACAUGGAAGGAUGAACAAAGUAUUUCAUCCAUCGGCAAACUCGACAAUAAGUUGUAUUUACCUUUUCCGCAAUACGGUAAGGAUGGUUAUGUAUAUGUAGAUGAAGAAUGGAGCAAAGAUGAGAGCAAGGUGAGGGAGAUGAGAGUUAUUGAAACUUUAAAGGAGUUGUAUGAAUCUUCAAUGAAGAAGAACAAGAUGUUGCAAAUCAAGAUUAAGUCAGAGGCACUUUGGGGAAAGCUGAACUCUGUGAGUGCAUCUUUCGAUUAA